UUAAACGAAUCAGUUCGACCCGACAACGCAAAGAAAAACAUUAACGUGAUUUACAACGAUACACAAACAAUAAAACGAAAAGCUCCUCCUCCUCCUUCUCCUCCUCAUCCUCCUUCUCCGCCACCCCAAACCUAUGAAUCAUUGCAAUACACAAGUGAAAGAUCUGGAAAUAAAAGUCAAACGGAAGUUUCUGCAAAUUCUUCUGAUGAAAACUCCGCAAAUCAUGUGGAAAAUUUAAACGGAAGUACAAAGUCUGAAAAUAUUGCAGGACACAAUGUUGAAGAACAACGCUCGCCUCCGCGUACCCUACCAAGAACGAAGAGCAUGCCACUUUCUUUACCCCAACCUGCCAAUUCUAAAUCUUCAAUAUUAUGUGAAAGUGGUUUGUGCAAGAAUAACACAUUGGAGACGAAUUUCUCGACGGGUAUCUAGCGAUACGAACACCUACACAGAUAAUAAUGUGUAUGGGGCAUCUUCAGUAGACGAAACGUCAACAUACCAACUAUGCGGUAUACUUCAAGACUGGAAACAACAUUUAUCAGCUCAAAAAAGCGAAUUGCAACAUUAUUACAAAAGUAUGGUAUCUGCUUUGGAAAGAGACGCCGUUGAACCAAUUGAUAGUGCCUCGAAUGUUGGACAUUAUGAUGAAAGCGUACCAUCAGAAUUGAGUUUUAGGCGGUUAAACGAACAAAGUUCAUCAGAAUAUACGGGGGUAAGAGGUUCUACUGUGUUGUCGGAUGGAACCUUAUCAGUAUUGGGUGAUUAUGAUUGUCAUGCAAAUGACAUUAAAAGGCAAGAAAGGGUAAUACAGCAAAUCAAGUUGAAAAUUGCUGAUCUUGAAAGUCUUUUAGACAACACCAGAAACAUUUCUUGUGAUCCCGAUGAUGACACUGUAAGCAAUGAAUCAAUGUAUAUGGCGUCACCACCCUAUCGAUCAUAUUCAAUUGCUCAAAAUACUGUUGUAAAUAAACCAACGGCAAGAAAAACCAUCAUUCAUACCAUUAAUGGCCUUGUUUCAAAACUGAAUAAUGAAGACAGAGAGUGCUGCUUUAACAUGAUCAACGGAGUUUUAAUAGAAUCUCGUAAUCAUAGAGGAAUGGCUAUGAGAGAAAAAAAUGUUAACCAAACUGUUGUUACUCGAUUGGCUCGACAAAUCCAUCAUGUUAUGAGAGACGCUAUUCAUCCGGAACAGCGGACCGAUGUUUUACUUGCCGUAUAUGCAGCACGUAACUUAGUGGACAGGCUGUCUAAAAGUGCUAAAAUGGAAACAUUCUUCUUGCAAUCUGUUCCUUCUCUACAAACUAUCGGACUACAGUUGGUCGAAAAUGUUGAACAACUUUUUCAGAUGUCAAACCAUCUAAAAAAACAGGCAGUUUCCUACAAAAAACAGGACAUUUUCCGGUUUGUUCAAUUAUUUAUUAGGAUCGCACAAAAGAUAAUGGCGCUUUCUUACACUUUGGUAUCGGAAUGCUAUCACGCAAUGAACUUGGAAACGAGAGAAACAGUUCCAAUAAAUCACACGAGGAAACAAAUCCGACAAAACUUAAAUUGUCAAAAAAUAUCAAUUUUAAACAACGAACUUACAAACUUGGAACAACUGUUAAAAUCAGGAGAUCCCAUGGUUGCCCAACUGUCUGCUAAUGAAGGUCCAGUAGUAGAAAGCUCUUGCGAUAACCUUAGUGAUUCUGACAUGGAAUCCGUUACUAGCUGUUCUACGUGCAUAUCAAAUGAAACACAGAAACCCGUAAAACGAGCAAGAAAUCCGUAUUUGUUUCCUGGUGGUCCCGAUAGUGUUGAUCAAAAUGUACAACCAAGCUCUUUUCAGUCACAAUCCGUCGUUAUUGACAAUAAUCGGCUACCUACUAGACCAGUUAAAAAUAGUUUGCCAGUAAAUCCGUACAACAGACAACCUGAAAGUGGCACAGAUGUAAAAGAAGCAUAUUUAAAGGGCAACAAUUUUUCAAAUCAAACCAGCACACAUUUUUUCGAAAGUGAUCGAAUGCAUCAAGUGGAGGCAUCUGAACAUUUGUUAUAUGCAAAGCAAUUAAACCAACUCGUACGCUCUAAGCCAAAGGAGUCUCGCAUGAGAUAUGAUGUUGGUACUACAGAAAUAACUGAAUGUAAGAAAAAUGUUUGCGGUGACUUAAACACAUAUGCUGAAACUAAAAUAGACGAAUCUUUGCCCAAACAAAUCAAAAAGGAAAAACAACAUACAAAUGUAAAAAAGGAAACUGUCAGUUCAAGUUAUAAUAAUAACGAAACAUUUUGCUCUGGUGAUGGAAGUCAGUUGAAUCAAACAGAACCCAAAGAAGACUCUGCUUCUUGUGUGAAAAAAGGAGAGGAGGGCGAUUAUGACGCACUUUGUACUUUAUCUAUGAAAGGCGAAUUAUCUGAAGGUACAGAGCACGAAGUUGCUAAAAAUCCAGACCUUAAAUUGAAACUGAAGGACGAAAGAAACGUUUUGGAAGAAUAAGAAUCUGAAUCUGACAAUCUGUAACAAACGAUGUUUAGCCCUAAACAUAUUGAGCGUGGGAAUACUUUAGUUUAUAAAUUGCCAUUGUCUUUAAAAAAGUGUAGCUAUAGAUUGUUUAUAUAAAAUGUAAAUAAAUCAUUUACUUAAAAGGAUUUUAA